AUGGCCAUCAAUCUUAUUCAACAGGGCUUCAAGGUGGCGGGCUAUGAUGUGAUCGAGAUCGCCAUUCAGCGACUGGCACCUGCUGGAGAAAAAGGGCCUACGAGCCCUAGAUCUGCUGUCGAGCAAACGAAUGUGCUCAUCUGCAUGGGGGCUACAGAGCAGCAGGCGUCGUUGUGCUUGUUUGACGUCGAUGAUGGAGCUAUUGCCAGCCUGCAAAUAAAUGCAACCAUCUUUCUCUGUCUGACCGCCUGGCCAGACUUUGCCCGCAGGGUUCGCUCCGGUCUCGAUUGUAGACAUCGCGAAGACGUCGUCUUACUUGACUGUCCUUUGUCGGGUGGGGCCGAUCGCGCGGCGGAGGGAGCACUUUCGAUUCUCUAA